CAACACUUGCUAAUGAUGCUAUUAGCAAACAUUUGAAAUGAAACACUAAUAUGAUACUGUUGAUGCCAUAAUUCCGACAAUGGUAAAAAGACUAAACAGUGGGACAUGUGACACAACUACUAAAUAUAUUGUCUGCAUUUGUGUGAGCCCCCCCAAGAAUCCGUGUGCCGGCCCCAAGUCUUGAAUGGCAGCAGAUGUGCCGUGUAAAGGGUCACUCGGUUCCCACCAGAGCUCUACUGGACCCGACAAAACCCCCACUGGUCCAGCUGCUCCCCCGAGAUGGAACGAUUGCCCCCCAUGCUGCUCUCUGAUUGGCUGCAAGUGAGUGUGAGAAAGUGCGGAGGCCCACAUUGUUAUGGAGAUGUGGGACUAUAAAUAGGUGGGGUGGACGACGCCAGCUCCACGUUGUGCUUGGACGGCGCACAAGUCCAGCCAUGGCGCCUGGGAUCUCUCUGCAAGACUCUCACCCCGCUCUCACUCACAAGGUCCGAAAGCCUCGAGUGGAGAAGUUCCGGCGAGAGCGAAUCAGCUCAAGUACUCUCCUGGCUCCAGAGUUCCCCCGGCAGCGGCCGGACUCCAAGAUGGAGAAGGCCGACGUGCUGGAGAUGAGCGUUUGGAACCUCGGGAGACUCCGCUCGCCCUUGGGGUGGCUUCAGUCCUCCCGGGAGGAGAAGACGACAGAGAAGGACUUGUCUCGCCUCUAAACUGGAAGAGAGGAGGAGAACUCGUCCGAUGGCGCCCCCUGGAGGCCCUGUUAGAUACAGACUGGCUGACACGAGCUGCUCUGGCCUCACUUCCGCAGAUUAUCGGAAAUAUCAGCGGGAUAUAUAUAUAGAUAUAUUUUGUCAUGCACAGUGCAUGAAUCGCAUUGAUUGCAUUUGCAAUUUCCAAUGUAUUCAUAUUUCUUUUAAAAUGGACACGGAGCAAAUUAAUUUAAUUUGUGAUGCCAUCGAUCAUAUUGGUCAAAUGAUUUCCUAUGGGAACAAAGCAAUAAUUUGACAUUGUCACGCAUGUUGUGUACAUUAAGUGUUUGGAAAGUUCUUCCGUUUUCCAAGCCACUUAUCCUCACAAUCUUUCAUUUAUUUUUUUAGGAUUAUGACAAUACUUCCUGGUCAUUCUGAUCUUGUUUUUUUAUUGUUGUUAUUUUAUACAAAGACUUUUCCUAUGGGAAAAAAAAAAUGUUUUUUCAUGCGUGUUGCAUGAAUCACUUUUGCAUUGCACAAUUCAUGCUAUUGGAUUUCUUGGGUUAUUUUUAUUUUUAAAACAGAAAGUUGAUGUUAUUGUAUUGCUAUCAUAUUGAUUUUGAUAGUCACUUGAUCAUAUUGAUCUCAACUUUUUUGCUGGAUGACUUCCUUUGGAAACAAUGGCAAUAACUUCUUCAAAAUAUUAUUUUGUCGUGCAUGUUGCAUCAUCAUUUAGACAUCUGGUGAAUUUAUCUUCUAAGACCCUUUUCAUGCAUUAUUCAGCAUGUGAACGUGGGAACAUUGCUUUUCAUCCCAAUGUUAUGGAUCAUAAUGAUCUCAAUUGUUCUGUCAUUAGCAGAAAUGCUUUGUAUUAGUCUUCAUAAGAUUUCAAAAGUUUGUUUGGUCAAAUUAAUAUCAGUUUCCAGCUGAUAGUUUGGUGGAUCAUCAUGACACGGCAUGUUAUAAAUAAAGA